AUGGCUAGAGCGAUCUACCCUGGCAGCUUCGACCCCGCACACCACGGGCACAUCGACAUUGCCAAGCGCGCCGCGAAAGUUUUCGAUGAGCUCAUCAUUGCGGUUUACAAGUCGCCGCCUACAAAACGGCUGUUGUUUUCAACCGAAGAACGCGUGGAGAUGUUCGCAGAGUCCGUCAAGGACACUCCCAACAUCAGCGUCGUCCCGUUCACUGGUCUGGCGCCUUCGGUUGCGCGCGACAACGGAGCAGAGUUCAUUGUUCGAGGUCUCCGGGCCGGAUUUGACUUUGAGCUCGAGUUUGAAAUGGCGCUCAUGUGGCGUCACAUCGCACCGGAUAUCGACGUGAGUCUGCAUCAUGAGCUCGCUACAGUACCAGUUUAUGUACUCCAGCCGGAUCAAGGAAGUGGCCACAUUGGGGGCGAACGUUUCCGAAAUGGUCCCGCCGCAUAUAGAAGAAGCACUACUCAAGAAGCUGGAAUAACUGAUCAGUCCGCGACAGGCCAGCAAUAUCGACUGACGACCGCAAGUCAGAUAUAA